AUGGCUAAACUGAAUGUUAAGGACUUUCCGCGUCCGCCUUUGUGCGAGAGGGUUCAGAGGAGAUUAAGGGUCGAGUGGGAGGGGCAGGUUGUUGCGGACACGCGAGAGGGUUGGUGGGUGCUUGAGACUUAUGGAGCGCCGAGUAUGGAUAUUCCUUCCCGGAUACUCGAGCCUUAUUAUAUUCCUCCGAGAGAUAUCAAGGGUGUAUUGCCUCCGAGCAGUGCGAGGCAGACGGUGUGUGAAUGGAAGGGAUUGGCUACGUAUCUUGAUUUGAAACAUCCGAAGACGGGGGAGGUUGCGAAGGCGGUUGCUUGGAGGUAUGAACAACCUACCAACCCCUUCCGCAGCAUCCAAAACUACGUGAGCUUCUACGCCGGCCGCGAAGUCGACUGCUUCGUCGAUGACGAACACGUGAAGGCACAGCCCGGGAGCUUCUAUGGAGGAUGGGUUACGGACGACAUUACGGGACCCAUCAAAGGCGGUAUGACAUUUCCAGAUUCUGGGUGA